GAGGUUUUUUCAGGUACUGAGAAUCGGACGCGGGGUCGGGGUACGGCUCUAUUCCUGCACCGCUUCCGGGAACUGGGCUUCUCCUGCAAGUCCUUCGAGGACGCUUCCGGCAUCGGCGGCACCUGGUACUGGAACCGCUACCCCGGCGCCCGCUUCGACUCCGAGAGCUACACCUACGGCUACUCCUUCUCGGAAGACCUGUUGAAGGAAUGGCAUUGGAAGGAGCUGUAUUCCGGCCAGCCCGAAAACGAGCGCUACCUGAACUACGUGGCCGACAAGUUCGACCUGCGACGCCACAUCCGCUUCAACUCUCGCGUCGCAUCCUGCAUCUAUGACGAGGAAGCGAACCGCUGGGAACUGACGAUGGAUGAUGGCCACAAAGCGCGCGGCCAGUUCCUGAUCACUGCCGUCGGACUACUCUCCGCCCAUUACGUCCCCGACUUCGAGGGCAUUCACGACUUCAAGGGAACCUGGUGCCACACCGGGCGCUGGCCCAAGGAGGGCAUGGACCUGGCGGGCAAACGCGUCGGCGUCGUCGGCACAGGGCGACUGCCGUUCAGCUCAUCACAGAGAUCGCAAAGGAGGUCGGCCACCUGA